AGAUGGAAGAUUAAAAUCUCCUGCCAUUAUCUUUUUACCAAAAUUUGACUUGGCAUAUAUUUCAGCGUCACCUUCGCUACCAUACUCACCUACAUUAAUGGCCACCAAUUUAUAAUUUGCAUCUACAAGAGCAAGGAGAACUGUGGAGUAGUAUUCAUUCUAAUUAAAAUGGAGUGGUCCAGUGUCAGCCGGCCAAACAACUCGGAUAUGUUUUCCAUCAAUUACGAUACAGCAAUUUGAAAAAUUCCACCGAUCAUGAAAUUGUUUUGUGCUUUCUUUUAACAUUUCCUGGUUGAAGAUUGCAAAAAACGGUGGACAAAUUUACGUGACUACUACACGAAAAGAAAAAGAGCCAGUACAGCCGGCAGUGCAGCACAUGAUGCGAAAGAGAGUCUAAAGAAUUUACAAUUUUUGGAUGAAAAUAUGAUUGUCCACAGACCUACUACGAACAAGAUAGCUGCCUGUUCAGUUGAAGAAAAUGAAGAAACAGAAGAGCCAAAUUAUUCAGCAGCAAUAGUAACAACGGCAACGGCAACAACGUCAAACAAUAAUAUAGAAACAAGGAUGCGAACAAGAUCGCAAGUCUUCAACAGUAUAGAGGAAGGGAGAGAGGAGCGGAUGAAAUUGUUACGUCAAUUAGUUAACAAGGACCAAAUGGUGGACCACAUAGACAGUUAUUUUAAAUCUUUGGCGGACAUAGCCAAAACAUGGUCGCCACUAUAUUACGCACAUGCGAGAAGAAAAAUUAGUAACCUCGUUAGUGAACUUGAUAUACAAUAUUUAUCAGGCAAUAUAAAUAACAGAGCAGAAGAAGAUGACAGCGAAUAAAAAUAUAAAAUUAGCAGUAUAAAAGACGGUGUUUUUAUUCAUUUUUAAGACCACUUACCUCAAUGUAACACAUAGCUUUUCUUGGGGUGAAAUAGGUUUAGG